AUGAAGCUUUUAUUUAAUAAUCAGCUAAUCCAUAACCUAUCGAAAUUGAAAAAUCCUCAGAGGUCGAUUGAAUCAAAGAAAGUUUUGAAUGAUAUUCUAAUAAACAAGAAUCAUAAACUAAAGCCUUCAAUUUACUGGGACUUACAUAAUUUAGCCUUUAAAGACAACGUCGAUAACCAGUUCAUAAAGUACACAUUGUUUUAUAUCUCAAAAAGUGAUAACCAGAAUUUGGAUUUCAAGCUAAACUUUAUAAGGAAUAACUUUCUAUCUAUAAAGUCUGAGUUACCUUCAAUACCAAUAAAUAUACAUCACGAAUUCAACAAUCUAGAAAUAAACCUCUCAUUGAUAAAAUGGCUAUUAACUUUAAAUGAUCAACCUUCUUUGGAUUUAGCAUACAAUUUGUUUAAGAAUUUAAACUCCAAUAACGACAUUUCACUUACUUACAAAUCUAUAUCAAUUUACUGUCAUUUGAUUGCAAUAAACUUCGGUAAAGGGAGACUAUCUAUAGAUUUCUUAAAUUUAUUACUUAAGCAGAACUUGAGCGAUGACACUUUAAAGUUAAGUUUAAUUGACAACUUAAUUAACAAGUUUACAUUCGAUGGGAAUCAACAAUCAAUGAGAUACUUGAUUGAUUACCUUAUAAAGAAUGACUUCACUGGUUUCAAUUUUGACAAACUAUUUCAGCAACUUGUUGAACUCAACGACAAUGUUUAUUUACUCAAACUCUACUUAUAUUCGAUCAAUAAGUAUAAGUUGGAAGACGAAAAAGCUUUACUUCAAUUAUCAAACUAUUUAACAGAAGGAAAUCAGACUUCAAAACACAAGGCUUUCAUAUUGAAUUUAUUUGAAAAAGAUCAACUUUCAUCUCUAUCUUCUAAAGUUAAUUCUAAAAUUCUCAUCAAUUUAACCAAAUUGAAUCAAUUAGACCUUAUUACUCUUUUGUUCAAUCAUUUAAUUGAUAAGAAGAAGUUCAAUUUUCUUAAAGAUUCGAAGAUGAUCUCAUCAAUUGUUAGAGUUUUCACCAAGAGUCAAUCAGUUGAGAAUAUAAACUUUGCUAAUCUAGUUUUCGAUUACCAUUUGAACAACACCAAACCUUCCGAUUUCAACCAUGUUCAAUUAACUACAUUAGCUAGGAUUUGUUUACAUCUCAAUAAUCCAACUGCGGCAUUAGAAAUUUUUAGACAUAUGUUAUCUAGAAAUAUUCUACCUGAUAUAAAAGAUAUAAACGUAGUUCUUUUAUUAGCAUCACAAGAUUCACCAAAAGUAGCUUUGAAUUUGUUGAAUCAUGCAAUAUCGCGUGGUUUGAAUCCAAGUUCUGAAACAUAUGGUACAUUAUUAAAUGCCGCUUUUCAAUCUAAUGAUUACCAAUUGAUAGAUAACUUAUUAGUAGAUUUAGAAUCUAGAAAGAUUGAUAUUUUACCUUUUACUCAAGUUAUCGUUCGAUAUUUUUCAAAAAUAGGCAAAAAUUUUAAUCACUUACUACUUAAUCUAGAUAAAUCUGAUAAAUAUAGACCUUCAAAGUCUUUAUUAUUCGAUUUAAUAGAUGAUUCUUUAGAAAAGAGAGUUAAUCCACAUCAAACCAGCUUUUUAUUGAAUUUAAUGGCAAAAUAUAAUUAUCUCACUAGUUCAAAAAGGCAUUCAAUUUUAUUGAAACUAAUACAUCAAUAUAAUUUAUUUGAUAAAUUCAAUCAUCAUUAUCACAGAUCACUCUUAAGUCUGAUCGAUGAUCAAUCAAAAUUUAAGAUACCAGAUGAAAAUUCACACAAUAUGAUCACCUUCAUUGCUACAUUCUCAUACUUAAAUGAUAAAGUCAAAUUGUUCAAUAUAUUUAAUAGAUUGAACAAUUUACCAUUAAGUAUCAAUAAUAUCAUAGAAAUACUAGAUGAUAUGAAAAUCACCGUUCCAAAAUCUGCAUUAAACGUAUUGGCAAGUAACCUAGAACAAUUUAAUAGAAACAACAAUUAA